AUGCUUCUAAAUCCUGAGAUGGUGCACGAUAUGGCUGACAAGGGCGGUGGCAUCAUCAUUUGGCAAGAUUUCACCAAGCUCGGCAAAGUUAGCGGCAAAGAAUUGAACAACUUCACUGACAUGAUUUCCGGAAUGCUCCGAUUGCGACCAACAAUGAGUGCAGCAUUUGUCACAGCACCCAUCCUGAUCUCAGAGAAAAUCAGCAACAAUAUUCGUGACGAAAUGCGUCGCUUCGAGGACAAAUUCGAUGCGAAGCACUUGGCAAACUACAUGGUGACCCUGAGAAUGGAACUUCCUCCGCAAGCAAAGAAGGCUUGGAAGAGUGGCAAGCAUGGCAUGGGGAACGUGCGACCCUACGAGCCCCACAUGGUUGACUCAAUGGACGAUGUGAAGCUCAGCGAUUUCAAGUUCAAAUUGCUGAGUGUGGAGCUUGUGGACGGCACCAAGAACAAGUUCAACCAGAAGUACUCCAUAACUUUGCCACCGCAGAUCAGGAGCCGGUUCAGCACCAUCGACGUCGUGAGCGCAGAGAGCGAUCCACCUGAUGAGAAGGUGGUUGAGGAUGCAAAGAAGCUUUCGAAGGCAAAAGGCAAAGAAGAGAAGACCGAGAAGACCAAGGAAAAGAAUGACAAGGCUGCUAACGCUGAUGAUCACAAAAAGGAGGUUCGUGAGGGGACGAUUCAAAAGGAUGGUCUACAGCAGAAAGAAGCAAAUGAGCUCAAGAAUGGCAAAAAGGGCGAUGAAGAAGUCAGACCUGCCCUUUGGCCCGUUUUGCCCCGCCGUUUGGCCCACCUCACUUCCGCCGCCUUCUUCCAAGCCAAGCCUAGCCGUCACCUGCAGGGCUUGGUGGACGAGGCCUAUGGCCCUCCCUUGUUCCAAGAGUCCGGCUCCGACAGCGGUUCUUCCGCGGACUCCGACGCGGACGAGAGCCGCGACGAGAGCCGCGACGGGACGGACGGGUCCAGCUGCAGCACGUUGGCGACGCGGCGCGAUUCCCGGCGGAGCGACAUGGAGAAGCUGCUGGAGGCGCUGAAGACGCAAGAGAAGUUGGUUGAAAAGGAGAAGGAGUAUCGCCAGGCUGAGGCAACUGCCAACAGGCAGAAGAUGACCAUCAUCGAAGAGCAGAACGGCCAGUUGGUGGAAGAGAACCGUCAGCAGGGUGAGGAGCUUCGUGCCAUUCGGAUGCAGCUGGCGGAGCAGCAGGCGACCAUCCAACAGCUGUUAUCCCGUGCGCCCGCGCCCGCGGCACCGGUGGGAGCCGUGACAGACGGAGGCGCGGCGUCGGACGCGGGGACCGAGCUGGGCAGCUGGUUGGACCUCGGCAGCGCCGAAGGCAGCGCGGCGGAGGCGGCGGCGGAGGUGGCAGAGGACGAGGACGAGGAGGCAGAGGGCAGUGAAGAGUGAGAGACAAAAAUAUCGUGGAUGUCAAUCCCAGUGAGUCAAGGGAUUUCUUCAUCUGAGCCAUGCCUUGCGUUGCUUCCGAGUCGGGCCUUCUACCACGCCCGCACGUUGCUGCGCUCGUGUGCGCGUGUGCGGCAGCUGCGUCAGUUUGGGAGGAUUGAGAGUCGCGGUCUCCUUUUUAUUGGCGCCCAUGUGAAACACACCAAGGGCCAGUUGGCAGUGAAGGUUUCAGCCUGAAGACCUUUUUCAGCAUGAACUGCUUGAUGUUUCUCACACGAUCUAUUUGUAGGUGUCGCUUCGACAUGGGUCGCCUUGUUUGAAACCUGGGCUGUAGUGAAGUG